AUACGCGGCGGAAUGGAAACGUGUCCAGUCUCUCACCCAGCACGGUCCCGAUGAUCUGGUUGAAGCGUUCAAUCGCUACAUGAUUGUCCUGUCACGAUCCCAGCAUGAUACCUACACGAAUCCCUUCGAGAUCGUGCACUCCAACAUGGUGCUCGGUAUGGACAUUGUGACGGCCGAGUCACUGUUUGGGUACGAGACACAGAUGGUAAAGCAACAGGCAAAGACGCAGCAUCAGCAGCAGCAGCACUACGUGCACAGUCACCCGGCGGAAACGGUCAUUCUGCCCGAUACGAGUACGUUCCUGCAGACCGCACCGAAGCAGAAGGCGCCGUUUGUGGCAUUCCCAAAGUACAACAACUACAUCCAGGAUCGGAGCAAGUUCGAUCGUCACACCCGUGUGCUGGUUCCGCUGGAUAUGCUCGGUAUUACGGUACCGGAUCGGAAUGAGGUCAUCAAUCAGCUGGCCGAGCAUCGGGCGAUCGUUUCCUACGCCCAGUACAAGGAUGCCGGUGCACUGUUUCCGGCCAAUUUCGACGAGACGGUCACUCGGCGGUGGGGUGUCGAGAUGCAGAUUGCCAGUAGUGUCGUUUCGAUCGCCAUCGUAACACCGGAAUCGGCAGAACGCGAAUCACUGGUGGCCGGCAAUGGUGAACGGAACGGUGAGAGAAGCACCAACACCGUGGAGACGAUCGCUCCGCCACCGAAGCAUGGUGAACGGCAAAGUGAGAAGCUUUCGAUGAACAACGAGAUCAAGAUUUCGAUUCACGACAUGAGUGAUCGGGAGGAUGGUUUGGAUAGUCUCGAUCAGCAUGCACCAGAGCUGCCAGUCGUCGACGGCGAAGGCGGGCAAGAGUUCUUCCAAGAAGGAAAUGUUCCGGAAACGGUCAUUCUAUCGCCACGCAGCGAUGAGUCGAUUGAUGGAGAUGAAUCUUCUUCACCUCAGGCCUCCUCAAUCCGGCGAAAACGGCGAAGAAGCAUCGUUUCGGCACCGGAAAGUGGUGGCCAAGGAGCGGCCGAAUCGGACGAGCGCGAAACGGAAACUGCCAGAACCAACUACGUUCCCCUCGGUCACCCACAUCUACCGCAAGCGGUAAAGCUACAGAUGUGGCUUAAUAUCCCUCGGAAUCGGUUCGCUUCGCGCUCUAAUCCACAGUGUGUGCGCUGGAACACGCAUGCCAAGCUGUGGACGCGUAUCGGUUGUCAAACGGAAAUACCGAACUACGAGGCCGUCGGUGGGUACAAUGAUACGAUCAUCGUGAACUGUACCUGCAACCAACUGGCUACCUAUGCCGUGCUGGUGGACAUUAUCGAUCCCGAGGACAUCCCGGAACCGUCGCUUCUGGUGCAGAUAACGUCCUACUCGGCGUUCCUUAUCGCCUUGCCGGUGCUCUUCGCGGUGAUCAUUUCGCUGGCAUUGCUACGCGGAUUGCAGACCAACUCGAACAGCAUCCACCAGAAUCUGCUGUUCUGUAUCUUUACCGCCGAGGUGCUGUUCUUCGUGGCCAUCCAGGCACGCCGAGAGUUGCUCGACAAUGAGUUUCCGUGUAAAUUGGUCGCCAUCGGACUGCAUUACUCAUGGCUGGCGGCAUUCGCAUGGACCACGGUCGACUGUGUGCAUCUGUACCGGAUGUUGACGGAAAUGCGGGACAUCAACCACGGUCCAAUGGGAUUCUAUCACACCAUGGGCUACGGUGCGCCCGCUCUACUCGUGGGGCUUGCUGUCGGCGUUCGUGUGCACGAGUAUGGAAACAGUUUGUUCUGCUGGCUAUCUGUGUAUGAAUCUGUCAUCUGGUGGAUGGUCGGCCCGAUAGCAAUCGUGUCGGUGUUUGAUCUGUUCAUUUUGUUCCUGUCAGUUAGGGCAGCCUUUACGAUCAAGGAUCAUGUGCUCGGAUUUGGCAAUCUGCGAACCUUGCUUUGGCUCUCGGUCGUGUCGUUGCCUCUGCUCGGUAUCAUGUGGGUUUUGGCGGUACUGUCGGCCUCGGAUAACUCGCAGCUACUCAACAUGCUACUGUCGGCGGUCGUGAUCUUGCAUGCACUGUUUUCAUUGGUCGGUUACUGCAUCAUAAACAAGCGAGUGCGAGAGAAUCUGCACAAUGCAUGUCUAAGGUGUCUUGGCCGUAAGGUUCCUUUGCUGGAUUCCUCAAUUGCCAUCAGUAAUAGUUCGCAGAACGUGGGUUCCCCGAAAACACCCGGAUUUGCCGGCGGCGCUGGUCAGUACGAGACGGCACGGCGUAACAUCGGUAUUAGCACUUCGAGCACUACCUCGCGUAGUACGGCCAAAACCAGCUCCAGCCCAUAUCGCAGCGAUGGCCAAUUCCGCCACACGUCGACCUCUACCUCGAACUAUAAUAGUGACGGGGUCGCUUCGUACAUGCGCGGUCAUUACGAUGAUAGUGGUGUGAAGAAGUCAAAGCAUGGUGGUGGCCAUGGACGCUCGGGUGGUGAUGGUGAGCGACGUAGCCAUCGCAGACAACGGCGUGAUUCGGAUUCGGGUAGUGAG